CUCAACUGUCCUGACUUCGCAUUUCCACAUGGUUAAGUUUGUCCCUCCCUCUCUCCAGUAGAAUCUCUUCCGGUAGAGGAAUCGCAGCUGAACUGUGUGUUAGCGGUUUCUGUGAAGGUCGUCAGCCCAACUUGUGAAUCCAUCAUGUCUCUGCCAAAGCCAGUGAUGAGGGGGCUGCUGGGAAAGCGUCUGAGGUUUCAUCUGCCCAUUGCUUUCACUAUGUCUUUAUUGGCUGCAGUAGCCUUCAAGUACGCGGUGACAGAGCCCAGGAAACAGGCCUACGCUGACUUCUACAAGCAGUACGACGCUGUCAAAGAGUUCAACGCCAUGAAGGAAGCCGGCGUCUUUGAGAGUGUGCGGCCCUCUGGAAAUUAAACCCGCUCUCUUCUUUCCUGUCACUCAUUCCUGGUCUGAGGAUGAACUUCCUUCUUGCCCCCCCUGGAUGUUAUUUACUGAUUUAGAUGUGAACAUCGCUGUGCUGUUUUGUUCCUCUAAAUAAAAUAUUCUAUUAACAUAA